UAAAGCUUAUUGUAAUUAACUAAAGCUGAUAAGCUUCGCUCAAUUACCAUUUAUAUCAUCAAUCAUUAAUGUAGAGAACCGAAUUUGUAACUUAAAAGCGAAGUCGCAUUUAAAACUUUUUUUAUCGGUUUGUGGAUUUAAGACGUGACGGCUGACUUCCCGAAACUUAAACUUGUCAAAAGUUGAAACACUGUAUUAUUCCCAGCAGCCGAUGUUUAUCGGUAGGAAGGAGCUAGUACAGAUAUGGAAUGGGUAAACUAUUAGAAUUCGCAUACAUUCCCUUCCCGAUGAAUAAAUAAUGCUACUCACUAGUUUUAAUAGUACCAGCAGUCCUUUUCUUUUGUAUAUUAAGUUUAUAAGUUUUAUUUCAAACGGCGCCGUUUUUUAUAUGUGAAUGACGUAUGCAUGGUAUAUUUUAUAGUUUGUUUGUUCAGCUUUAAUCGGCACAAAAAUAUAUUUGUUUCUCUACGAAGAAAAAAAAAAAAAGAAAACAAAAAAUAUAUAUUGAUUAAUUUUAAAGAACCGAUAUUUGUAUCACAAAGGACCAAUUGCCAACUCUCUUUUCUAGAUCACCAAACAAAAUUACACGAAAAUGAGGGAAUGCUGACAUGUUACCCAUCUGCAUAGCUGUUAUUGGAAGACUUUAUUCAUUACUGACUGCAAAACAGAUUGGUCGGGUUCAAAUGGCCUCUCAGUGGCUCCUAUUGCGAUGAGUAAAAUCGUCUGCUUAAUCAAACGAAAGAAAAAAAACCUUAUAUGUUGAACAAAGACUUGUUCCGGUUCUUGAAAUAUGGAUCGAUGGCUCUGAUUCUUGCUCUGAUUCUAGUCACUGCUGCAAGUACCGUCAGCGCCACUGUUACAGGAAACUACAGCUGUAAUUUUGAUGGAGUGUUAUGYGGUUGGUCACAUGAUGUUAGUCUACCAAUCAAAUGGACAAUGCAGAAGGGAAGAACACUUAGUAGAGCUACAGGACCACAUACGGAUGCAUCAGGUUCVGGACAAUACCUUUAUGUCGAAGCAAGUAGACGUCCAGCCGGAACUAAAGCUGGUCUCAUCAGCCCCACCAUACAAGGGCCGCAUUGCAUGACCUUUAUGUAUCACAUGUACGGAGGAACUAUGGGAAGUGUCAUCGUAUACACCAACACAACUACAUCUCAGAGACUUGUCUGGAUUAAGUCAAGAUCUCAAACCAACCAAUGGUUGAAAGCUAUUGUACAACUGAAUGAGACACAGGAUAAAUCGCGCAUGCGGUACGCAAAUUUAAUCAUUGUGAUUUCUUCURCAGCAUCAACRUGGCUCCACGUAUAUUUCAGAGAUGAUGAAGACAAGUUUAAAAUAGCUCCGUAUGGUGGAAUUGCUAUGGGAUUGUGGGACUAYCAGUUCUCUUUCCUCGCCUUUCAAGUAAAAAGGCACGAAACUGACAAGAUGUAUUUCGCCUAUCCUYCCGAAUGCUCUUUKAAUUCCCUGUCAACUGAGUUGCCAGCAAUACUAAGUCAGUGUUAUCCUUUUGAAUUCUUUUACGCCUCCUCGCUUAUCCGCGGUGCUAAUGAGUCGAAGGUUCUUCUUCUUAAUCGGAAAAAUGGAACUGUGUCUCGGGGAUUUGGUUUGGAGAAGCGGAAUGAUUUGUGUUGUGGUGACAUCGUCGAGGGUUUCUUUUAUGCAAGACUAUCAAUAAUAGCUACCUCCCUAUGUUCUCCUGGAUGGACAGCAGUAGGAGAAACAUGUGUUUACWUCCCUGAAAGAACGCGUAUGGGACUGUGGUCGAUUAACCAUUGUGCUAAAGUUGGAGGCACAGCGAUUAGAAUGCAAACAGUAACUAAAUUCCAGGCAGUGACCAAAUAUAUCGACAAAUUACGAUAUCAAUAUCAAUAUAGCGAGUAUUACAUCGGGGCGUCUCCAGCAGAGCAUACUUACAAAUGGCUUUGGGUCAAUCAACUAAAGGUACCUGAUGAUAUCACUUCCUCUAUAACAGAUGUGCACACGACCAGAAAUUGUGGAGUUCUGAAGAGGACGAGUGGAUCCUGGGGACUAGCAGCUGCCACCUGUGAUUCAGUGCUACAGUACGCAUGUUCACGGAAAGAGAGUAAGGAUCAGUUUUUAUUSUCAUUAUGUGUUCCUGACUUUGUUAAGUAUUUUCAGUAG